AUGCAUCCCCGGCGGCUGUCGGCGCGGGCCCGGGUUUUACCCAGCCAAUAUCCGCCAGGCGGCACUCCGCCGCCAACCAUCGAAACACAGAGCAACAAUCCGUCACCUGACCCGUUACUUUGGCUAAGAGCAAAUAACAAAUCUAAUAAAGAAGAAUCGACCCCAAUCGACUGGACCACAGCCACACCAACAAUCGGCUCCGCAACGAGCAGCGACAUGAACGCUGAAAAUCGCUACAACUACACCGCAUUUACAGAAUCCGUGCACACGAAAUCACAAUGGGACAGCACGAACAACAAAACCUGCACACCGUACAUGAAAAAACACCCUUUCCCCGCGUCGCCCCCGGCUCAGGAAGUUCCGGAGAUACUCGAUGAGUCCCCGACGGUUGCCGGCGCGGGGAACCCGGGGCCUUCCCGGGUAAGUUCCAACAGUCCUGAUACUCGAUCGGAACCAUCUGUCGCACCUUAUCUUCCUUCAGGGUCCGACGAUACAAAACCAGCCACACUAACGUCAAAGCUCAAAGUCCACGAAGAAACCAUCAGACCUGCAGACGGUAACAACAAAACCUGCUCACCGCGCAGCAAAAAAGCUCCCUCCCCGUGUCGCCCCCGACUCGGGAAGUGCCGGAGUCAUCCGAUGAGUCCCCGACGGUUGCCGGCACGGGGAACCCGGGACCUUCCCGGCAAAAAAAGCUCCCUCCCCGUGUCGCCCCCGACUCGGGAAGUGCCGGAGUCAUCCGAUGAGUCCCCGACGGUUGCCGGCACGGGGAACCCGGGGCCUUCCCGGAAACACCAACGACAGACCAAAGACCCUCUGAACGCACACCCGCGGCGAACUCGUCAUCACCCGUACCUCUAA